AUGCUGUCGCGUAUCGGGGUGCAGCACGCGAACCUAGGAGUCGAGGGCGACAAGGAGCUAGACGCACGGGCGUUUGAAGAGUUCUACGACAAGACAGUGGACCUGGCCGACCUGUGCCAACUGCCCGAUGUCAAUGAGCGGCUCAACCAGGUCGCCAAUAGUUACCACGACUUUGCCCUUCGCAAAGAAGAGCUAGCUAGCGAAGCGAAAAGGCUCGCGGUGAUACCGCGGAUCAAACAGCGGCUGACCAAGAUCCCACAGCUGGAGAAAGAACUUGAUGACACCGUUGCCCGGCGCCAGGAGAUGGAGCAGCAGACGGAGGAACAGACUGCAGGGCUGGAAUUGAUCGAGAAGGAUAUCUCGUAUUUGCGCAUGGAGGUGGCAGUUAGUCAGGAGAGCGAGGAGCAAGCGAUGUCGCAGCUCAAGGCUAAGCGGAAGGAGCUCGAGCAGCUCACGGCCGAGUUUGCCAACAAGCGGCGGAUGCUGGAGACGCGCAAGGAGAUGUACCGCAAGAAGCGGCCGCUGACGGCAGUCGAGCACUCGGAGCGCAUGGCCAAUGACUUGCGGGUCGCGCUGGAGGGCGUCAAAGGCGACGACGCGUCGCUGCAUGACAUACGCGAUGCAUACGUGUCCAAGCUGACCGAGAUCAUCAGCAACUCAGACGCGGUGGACGUGACCAACGGGUACCUGGACCAGGUGUUUGCCAACACCAUCGACAGUGUUGCUAAUGAGGAUGUCGAAUCGCUAGACGCACGCAGAGCAAGUCGGCGGCUGUCGGCGGCGGCCAUGUCGGCAUCGGGCCGAGUGCUGUCGGCGCAGCUGCUGUGCUACCUGUACACGCAGAGCAAGGGCGACCAGAGCGCAAUCACAGAGGAUGACCUGCGGAACCAGCUCACCGAGUUUGCGCGAGAGCGCCAGUGGAAUCCAGAGUUCGUUGUGCAGGCCAUGUACGAGGUCUUUGGCAAGAAGCUGGCCAAACGCUUCCGCGAAGAUCGCACACAUAUGGUCAAGCUGCUGUGGGAGUAA